AUGCGACUCCUAACACGGUUUGUAGGCGCCAUCGUCUUUGCCGUAAUCGAAACGUGUGUCUUUGUGUUGGUCGUGGUGGCAACGCCACUCGAGCAGUUCGAGGAAAGAUCCGUCGUGGGAACGGGCUGCUAUACCCUCUUCGGCCACAAGCAGCGAUGCCGCCAGCUGCACGUCACACGCACGGGAACUGCGGCGUUCCACUGUGCAGAGCGGCGGGACUACGUGAUCGUCAGCGCCGUCUUUGCCGUCCUCUCCAUCGCCGUGACGCUCGCAGCGAUGGUGUUGGCAAUUCUGAUGGUGCUGCGCAUCCCAUGUGCGGUUCUCCUUCCUCUGGUGCUCUCGUGCAUCGCUUCCGCAACGACGGUGGUGAGCUGGGCUUGUCUAGCCGUGGUGUACAAUCGACAGAUGUGUGUGCGGCGCAGUCCCUUCAAGCUUGCUGUUCAGUACGGCACUGGCUUUGGAAUGAUGGUGACGGCCGCGUGUUUGCAGCUCGUUGAUCUAACGCUUCUCUGCGUGCUUGGCUUUGCGUGA